AAUCACUUUCAUUUUCAUUGUUCAUUUUUCUAUUUUACCUCAUUUCAUUUCCCAUAAUAUCUUCUUUAUUGUUUUGCGGCCCUUCUCCGUGUUACGGUCAGAUACUCAUAUUCGCGGUCGCUUUUUAAAAAACUCCAUUUCCGCCAGUUUAUCGAAUCUCAGCAUCUCGACACCGGAUGAGAUGAGCCAUUCAAAGUGAUUUCCGUGGCGGUGCGGUGACUAAUAAGUUCUAGCAGCAAGUUUUCUGUUAUGAUAUUGUAGUGCUGUUCGUGUGAUGUCAGACGGCGAUCCAUCUCUUGAAGAGGAUAUCCCGAAGCCCCUUCUGGAGAAACUAGAAGACAAUGUGUUUACGCCGAAGAUAGCGACUCCGAUUUAUGCAGGAGGUGUGAAGCUGCAUCACAGGAGGUCGGACGCGGCGGAGUCCCAGUCGUUCCUGUCGGACGCUCAACGCAAUGAGCUCGCGCUCGAACAGCUGUUCCAUGGAGAUGCGCCGGAGUUUCACGAAACGGAGAGGGAGAAGGAGGAGAAGAUGGCGGACAUCCAGGCCAUGUCCGUGCUGAGCAUGUACCAGGACAACAUGUCGCAAGAUAUGAACACCGACCGGGACAACGGUAGCGAGGCGUCGACGCGGGCCGCCGAAGAGUGCUGCGACCCAGUACUACCCGUCAACAGCAAUGGCAAACAGAAAUUCAACCAUUGCUCAAUAGUGAUGGGCGGGGUGUUGAACAACCCCUCGUUGACAUUUAACGACGGCGUCCGCACCAUAGACUAUGUCCUGGUGUGGGAGGCGGGCAAAGACGACGCCACCACUCGGGAGGCCUACGAGCAGAGGCGGAUCUUCGAGGAGAACCUGGAGAACGAGGGGCUUCAGCUGGAGAGGGAAGCGCCGCCUGAACUGCACGGAUUGCACUUUGUUAAGAUUCACGCACCGUUUCAAGUUUUAAGAGAUUACAGUGAAAUAUUAAAACUUAGGAUGCCUAUGAAGGAAUGCAGUAAGAUAAGAAAAAGUGGAAAGACGAAUGCCAUCUUGAAUGCUGCCAUCUAUAUGUCUAAGUUCUCAGCAUUGAAAGAUGUUACGGAGAAGACCAACAGUCUCAUAGACCGUGUGGACGCGUGCUGGGACCGGUUCAUGGCCAAAAUACGAGUCGACCCUGAGCUGUUCCCGGAGAGGAAACACCGUCUCACUGCUAUUUAUUCAAAGGAUAAGGAGUAUUUAUUCGACACGACAUCCGAGUGUUUCUGGACGCCCUCCAUACGUUCCCGCAUAGUGCAGUUCAUCCUAGACCGCAAGAAGUUCUCGGAGAUGGCGAGCGACGACUUCGCUUUCGGCAUCACUAGACUUAUAUCCAAUUCUACGUACAGCGCCGCUUAUCCUCUGCACGACGGUGAUCUCAAAACACCCGGCUCAAUGCGUCACCUGCUGUACACAGAAUGGGCAAGCGUCUCCAAAUGGAUCAAAUACCAACCUCUGGACUACGUCAAAGAUUAUUUCGGUGUUAAAAUCGGUUUAUAUUUCGCGUGGCUGGGUUUCUACACGCACAUGCUGAUCCCCGCGUCGAUUGUGGGGCUCAUCUGCGUCAUUUACUCCGCAUCCACUGUUUACUCUAAUGUACCGAGCGAAGAGAUCUGUAAAUACAACUCUACCAUAAAGAUGUGCCCGCUCUGCGACUACUUCUGUGACUACUGGGACCUUAAAGAUACAUGUCUCCAGUCCCGCAUCACGUAUCUCUUCGACAACCCGACCACCGUGUUCUUUGCUGUCUUCAUGAGCUUCUGGGCCGCCUGCUUCCUAGAGCUGUGGAAGCGGUACUCGGCCGAGAUGACGCACCGCUGGGAUCUGACGGGCUUCGACGUGUACGAGGAGCACCCGAGGCCGCAGUACUUGGCCAGGCUCGCGCAUGUCAAACGUACACAGCUGAACGUGGUGACAGGCGAGCGUGAGCCCAUGGUCCCGUUCUGGCGGAUGCGGCUGCCCGCCACGCUCAUGUCGUUCAGCGUGGUGGCGAUACUAGUUCUGAUGGCGUUCGCCACCGUGCUGGCCGUGGUGCUGUACCGCAUGUCGCUGCUGGGCGCGCUGGCGCUGGGCCACCACGGCAGCGCGCUCAUCACCUCCAACCCCAUCAUGUUCACCACCGCCACCGCCGCCUGCAUCAACCUGCUGCUCAUCUGUAUGCUCAAUUAUGUUUACCAAUACUUAGCGGAAUGGCUGACCGAAAAGGAACUACUGCGCACACAAACAGAAUUCGACGACUCCCUCACCCUCAAGAUAUAUCUACUUCAAUUCGUCAACUAUUACGCUUCAAUAUUCUACAUAGCGUUCUUCAAGGGGAAGUACGUGGGCCGCCCGGGAGACUACGUCAGGUUCUUUGAGAAGAGACAGGAAGAGUGCGCCCCCGGCGGCUGCUUCCUCGAGCUUUCCAUUCAGCUGGCCAUCAUCAUGGUGGGCAAGCAGUUCAUCAACACCAUAGUGGAGAUGCUGAUGCCGUACUUGCUCAAAUGGUGGUACAUCAUACGGACUAUUGGCAGGAAAAACACGAUAAAAAGCCCUCUGCAGUGGGUGAAAGACUUCAAAUUGGUCGACUUUGGCAACAUGGGACUGUUUCCUGAAUAUUUGGAGAUGGUGCUACAAUACGGCUUCGUGACGAUCUUCGUGGCGGCGUUCCCGCUGGCGCCGCUGUUCGCGCUCAUCAACAACGUGCUGGAGAUGCGGCUGGACGCGCGCAAGUUCCUCUCGUGCUACCGCCGCCCGGUGCCGCAGCGCGUCAACGACAUCGGCGUGUGGUACCGCAUCCUCGACUCCAUCGGGAAGCUCAGCGUCAUCACCAAUGGCUUCAUAAUAGCGUUCACGUCCGAGUUCAUACCCCGCCUCGUGUACCAGAUGAGCAACGGCGGCAACAUGAAGGGCUACGUCAACUACACCCUGGCCGACUUCAACGUGUCCGUACUGGAGUACAGGCCGGUCAGUGACUACAACGAGACUAUGUGCAGUUACCCGGGCUACUGGUAUUACAAGGAAGGCGACGACUACGAGCGAAGCAACUGGUACUGGCACAUAAUGGGGGCGAGGCUCGCUUUUGUUGUGGUGUUUGAGAACGUCGUGGCCCUGGUGAUGAUAAUAGUCCGCUGGGCGAUCCCGGACAUGUCCGGCGAGCUGCGCGACCGCAUCCGGCGCGAGGCCUACGUCAUCAACUCCUUCAUCCUCGAGGAGACGCGCGCGCGCUCCGUGGCCUCCCGCGCCUCCCGCGCCGCCACCCCCGCCCCCGCCACCCCCGCCGCGCCGCGCACGCCCCGAGAAGGUGUAUCGGAGCCGAACUGGAACCACAUAGCGUCGCUAUCUGGGUCGGACUUCGACCUGGCCGCCCACGGGGAGCACCAGGACAUCGGCGACAUGGCGCGCCACGUGGUCGCCGAGCGCAAGAGCAGCGAUGCGACCGCACCCACUCACGUUUGAGUGCUGAAACGCGCUAUCGAAGUUUCUCCACUGAUUAAUGUAAAGCUUCAUGUUGAUGGUUUUGUGUAUUAUGUUCUGGAAAAAAAAAGAUUCCAGAGCAUAUUUUUUUUGACUCCCGUCCACGUCCUGUCAUUGUCCUUUGUUUUGUGAAAUUGUCUUUCACUCACAUUUGAGUGCCGAUCCGAUCCACGCAAUAAAUUUUAUAGUUUUCUUGAGCGAUUCUUGUUUUGCGAUUGCAAUGAGCAUUCGUUGGUGGAUUCGUUCAUAAGCUUUUUUAAAAACGGAAUGUAAAGUGAUAUGUUUUUAACAUUUUGAGCGGGAGUCACUCGAUUCUCUGUUUUUUUAAUCUUAGAAAACGCUUAUUGGUUUGGUAUGUUUUUUUUUUCUUACUUAUACUGAGAUAACAUGCGUAACUAUUUCUUGAUUUAAAAUUAUACAAUUUUGUUUGUAUAACGGGUAAAACGGAGUUAUUACCUGAAUGACGAUGCGCCAAAUAUACUCAAAUCGGGUGAAUUGCAAUGUUUGAAUAGUCCAUUUCUUUAGGUACUAGAAUAAAGGUAAAUACUAGAAACGUCUCUUUUAUUAAAAAUAUCAUUUAGAAAAUUAAUUUAUAGCCACUAUAUAAAUUUAAAUUACAGAUGUCAUAAUUAAUUAUUUUUGCCAAUACCAAAGUUUACUUAAGAAAUGUAUUUUUCGAUUAAGAGGCAUUUCGAGAUUGUUUACCAUUAAUUCCAGUACCAAAAAAAUAAACUAUAGCUUAUUUAUGGCCAGGCGAGUGAAUGGCUUCAAUGUAGGCACAGGAGGUAUGUUUUUUUUAAAGAAUAUUAUAAUUAAGAAUAAUUUUAAUAUAUUCAAGAAUGCCGUGAAGCAUGCCAUGUUUUUAUACUGUCAUAUUUUUGUAUUCAUUUGGACAAAAAUAAAAACCAAAAUUGCAAAAGGUCUAGUUGAACAAAUAGGUAAAGGUAGUAAAAUAUUUAAAAGAAAUGGUUUUACAUUCAUAUAACUGCUUAUUCUUUUGUGUUUAUUAUUGAUUUGAUAUAUUUAACCGGAUUCUUGGAUUGAGUCAUUAAACCGAAGUAUAAUAUAUAUGCUUUUGCAUUUUUAAUAAAAAAAUAAGUCUCGACCGAAGAUACUAUGAAUUUAUAAUGUACUUAAAAGACACAUUAAUAAAGACUUGAUAUAUACAUACGUACAUUUGCCAUUAUUGUAGUUUUCUACACUGUAGUUAAUAAAGUACAGUCACCAUCACCAAAAUGAUCACAUUUUUGUCAUAAGGUGUAUAGUGAGGUGCACAGAAACCUGCGGAUUGUAUGCCUCUCAUUUAUAAAGUAAUAUAUUAUAAAGGCUUAUUUAUAAAGGCUUGCAUAUUUUUAGUUUAGGUCUAAAUUUUAUAAUAUUAAUUUGUCAUUUUUAGUUCAUCUCUCUCAUUUUGAAGACUUAUAGCGAAUCUCCUCUUAUAUGUACAAUUUAUUUAUUUGUAUAUUUUUUUUUUAAUUCGAUCUUUUUACUACACUCAUAAAGAAUAAUUCUUAAAAGAAAUAUUUUUCGAGAGAUUAUUAGCACUUUAGAAAUGUCAUGAUGAAAUCAAUAACUGUUCAAUAUUUUACUCUCAUCUUGUAAAUUAUACCUAAAACUAUAAUGUAAACCUGGGAGUCUUUUUUAUAUUUACACUUUACUGGAAAAAAAUAUAUAUUUCUGAAAAAUGGCGUCAUAUACCACGCAUAUAAAACACAUUGUAAUAAAAUCACAUGGGAUGAAAUGUUUUUCUAUCGUUGUCAAAAUAAAAUAUAAACUAAAUUUAAACGCAGUAAAUUUUUAUUAAAAAUGUCGUUGGAGAAGUCGUUAUAUCAUUAGUGUGGCUAGAUGAUGCGUCAUACGUGUUCAGUAGUAAAUAUUAAGAGUUAGGGUACUUAAGCACCAGUCAAAAUUCCUAUGAAAGUCUAGUAGAAAAAAAAACUUACCUAGACACAAGUUUCGAACUUACUCUGAGGAUACUUACUUGAUAAUUCAAUGUCCCGUAUAUUUUAUUUUAAUUUAUUCUUAUGAAUCAUGGUUAAGAAUGUUUACUCCAGGAUUUUAGCAAAUAUCAUACGAAUUAUGAAAAAUAUUUUUCCCAUCCCAUACGAAUUGCUCAUGUAAACAAUAAAUUUAAAAAGGAAUUUUAAGUUCUUACUAGUGGGAAUAUUUGUGUCUCAUGUACUGAAGUUUUUAUGUUAAUUUGGCUGGUGUAUUAUAGACACCCAGUCUAUAUACGUAGAUUUAGCAUUUAACAUACACUGCGCAAAAAUACGUUCGUAUAAUGUAGCCUCUUAACUUUCAAAUCGAUAUUUAACUCUUUAAAGGCAGUAAGGUUUUCAUUAUUUAAUUAACCUUGUAACAAGUCAUAAGGCCGAACUUCAUUGAAACAGAAGAUAACUUAUAUAUAGAAACUAUACGUUAGCUUUGCGUUAAAUGUAACUGUUAUAACUUUAUUAUUUUAAUAUAUAAUACGUUUUAUAUACUGUUGAAUUACCUAUAUAAAUCAUGCUCAUUUAAGAUCACAAAGUCUCGAUUUUGUCGUAAUGUUAGUAUAAGUUAAAUCUGUUCUCGAUGUAAUACAUUUUAUAUAACAUUAAAAGUAUCUUUUUAAAUUGGUUACCUUAUAUGUAUGCUUGUAAAUAUAAAAACUCGUUUUAUUUGUCUCUUUUGCAAUGUUAUAAGAUUUUUCUGUGCUUAUUUGGAAUUGUAAAAUGUUUAAUUAUAAAAUUAUGUUAUUAUUUCUUAUAAAUCAAACACAUUGUUAUAUUCUAAGAUGUUAAGGUUAAGAUAUUUUUUAAACACUAUAUUUGUAAUUUUAUAAAUGUUUAAUUUUUGGUGCUGUAUUUAAUCUCAUUAUUGGAUCUGUAGUACAAGACUACUGUUCCGUUUGGCUGUUCAAUAGUAACUAAAUGUACUACUAGUCACGCGAGUAUCCUGUCAUGUUCUAGUUAUUAUAUGUAGUAUUAAUUAUUAAGUAAACGGUUGAUGCGGACAAUUCAUUUGGUGCAAAAAUAAUAUGAUCUAUACGAUUUUUAAUGAAGUUAUUUGUGAAGAAUUGUUUUAUUAUCACGUCGGCAUCAUUCAUCAGUUCCCGUUUUGUACUUCCCAGGAAGACCACUACGAUCGAAUAUAAAGGUUUCGACUUUAUUAAUGGUUUAUAACCUUUUUAGAAUAACCUCAUUUUAAUGUGUCAGUUCGAUAGAGCGGGAUCACGAUAACUCCUUAUACAGAGUGAAUUAUUAUUGUUUAUGGAAUUGUCAUAGUAUGUUUGGACAACAAAACUGAGCAGGUUUCCUAAAAAAAAUAUAUAGCUAAAAAAAUUGACUUUCCUAUACUAAGACCGAUCAGCUGAUCAACCGAUUUGUAUGGGAAAGUAAAAAUUGAUUGCUUGUAUUUAUGGAAUCAUUCACAGUAGGUUUAAAGAGUUAUCAUAAACCUUAACGAAUAAAAAAUCAUUAUGCAUAUUUCGUCUAGUGAAUGCGUUGGUAAAAGGUAAUUACCUAAUUCACGGUGUCUAACCAUGAAUUAUAGCUUUUACCAAUUUGUUGCAAAGAAAACCAUUUUUUUUUCUUAUUACGUAAACAAUUGUUGAGUGAGGUUGUUUAUUUAAGCUCAAAAUCUCUAAAUGAACAACAAUGACACAUACGUUAUGACGUAAUGUUAUGGCCGCUUGGCCUGUUGAAACAUUAUGUGCAAUAAAUAAGGAAAAUUGUUAAUGAUUCGUUAACCUUAUUUAUCUGUGCUUUUUACAUGAUGGUUAUUUUAGUUAAUGUUGUCAAAUAGUACCAAUGAUUUGAUGGACUUUUAAAUUUUAAUAUUAUAAAUUUUACUUCGUCGUAUUGCAGAAAAUGUAGGCGUUUGGGAAAUGUGAUUUUUUUCUUUUAAUAGAUAUUUUUUAGGUGUGGCUAAUUAUAAUAAUAAGUUUGAUGCAUAAAUGUUCCAAAGUACUUCGCCAUUUUCGCGAAAUGGACGGAAUUAAUUAUUAUGGCUUCGCUAGCUUAACUUUUUUUUUCAAUCUAAAAGUUUUAUAUGCAUUUUCUAAACGAAAAGAUUAAGACACUGUUUACUGACCACUUUUACUUGUGCACUGUAUUUAAUUAAUAAAAGUCGUCUCUUCUUAACAAAUUUAUACAGCAAAUAUUUGUUAUAUGUUCUUAUUUCUAUUUCGUUUUAAACCUUUGUAUAUUAUACCCAUAUCGUUCGGUAUAUAAAUUUUUCCGAAUUAUAUGAUUGACCCAUAUUUUCUUUAAAGACAAUGCCAUAGAAAAGUGGUUGCCUAGACAAAGAAUCUAGCCUUCAAUAUUUAUUUGAGUGAAAUAGUUAAAGGCUUAUAAGUGUAUGUUAUCUGUUAGGAGAGUAGUGUCAAGAAUCGCCCGGCUGUAAUGUUGUGAAACGCUUGUAUUUAUAAAGUUUAUAAUUAUAUAUGGAGAGUUAAUAUAA